AUGUGGCUGCAAUUUCCGGCUUGGCUUUCUAGGCUGACAAAUACAAGCUAUAAGAAUAGCCAGGAGUCGACAGAGGAAGCCGAUUUAGAGGCUGAUAUGAGUGGUGGCAAUUCGUUCGACCUGCUGCAAUCACUGAGGGAAGUCGAGGAAGUGGAAGUGGUGCGACACUCGAGCAAUGGGUUCGAGAUAGAAGAGCUGGAUCUCCAGGAAGCAGAGAUUGAGAUGGACGAUGAGGACGUUGACACUAGUGAGGACGGAAGUUCUGAGUUCGGGAGCGACGAGUUGGACGAUAUACUCCGGUCGCAGCUGCUGGAUGCGCAGCAACAAUGGGAAGAAUCGCUGGAACAGCUGAGUAAGGUGCUGAAUUGGGUGCUGCUACCAUUGAUAGGCAAAUUCAUGGGAAGGCGAACGGCUAAAGUGAUAUGGCAGCAUGUAAUGGAGUAUCUGUGGCGAUAG